AAUUAUUGCUCCUCAAGUUCCUGUUCUUCCUAGAAUCACAUAUCUAUUUAUCAUAAUAAUCAGUCUAGAAACCCUGAAAAAGAAUUGGUAUUUUUGAUUUCUUAUUUUAAGUAGAAAAUAGACAGAGCUCUAAAUGGAAGAAGAUUCAAUUAUAAGUGUUGUUUUAUUUGGAGUUAUAUCGUGGGCAACACUGUUUCUAUUAAUAAGAAAGGCCUUGCCAAAACGUUCUUUUGAUUUUUGCAACCGUUUGGUUUCUGCAAUCCAUGCAUCUUUAGCAGUGACUUUGGCUUCUAUCUCCAUUCAAGAUUGGAGCUGCCCAGUUUGUCCCUUGGCUUCAAAUCCUUCUCCCAAGCAGAGGAAGGCACUUGCAGUGACAGUGGCCUAUCUUAUUUAUGAUUUCAUAUGUUGCCUCUUUGACAAGCAAGUGAAGAUUGAUAACUUAAUUCACCAUUUGGUGUGUAUUGUUGGAAUUGGAGCUGGCUUUGCUUAUAAAUUGUGUGGUUCAGAAAUGGUUGCUGCAUUGUGGAUAACAGAGAUUUCCAGUCCAUUUCUCCACCUGAGGGAGCUUCUCAAAGAAAUUGGAUACAGAGAUACUGACCUUAACUUUGCUGCUGAUGUUUUAUUUGCAGUCAUCUUUAGCAUUGCUAGGAUGAUAGGAGGGCCAUAUCUCUGCUAUGUUGUUCUUUCUGCUGAUAUUCCAGUCAUCAUGAAGGCCAUGGGUUUGGGGCUGCAACUUGUCAGUGCUUAUUGGUUCUACAAGAUUGCCAGGAUGGUUAUGUACAAAUUUUCAAGGAGAACAAAAUCUGCAACUGUUCUUUCAAAGAACUAAUUUGCUGACUAUUUAUUUUUAUUAUCCAGGAACUCAAUAAUUUUGUAUCAAAAGUAUAUAAGCAUUUGAUGUGCAGCAACAAUUCUCUUCCAGUGAACUUUAAGGCCAAGUACUUUCACAAUA